AACAGUGACAGGAGCGGACCGAAAAUACAGCUUCAUAGAACAUAUCAGAGGGGCAGAUCCCAGGGCCACUAUGAAAGGAAUGGGUAUCCCUGUACUGGGCAUUGUAUUCCUCACCGUAUCUCUGGCACAGGAAGAUCUCAAUGGAAAAGUUUUCCUUUUUCCGGAACAAAGUGACAGCUCCUAUGUAAUCCUGAAGCCAGAGCUGAAAACUACCUUAAACAAAGUCACCGUUUGCCUGCAAUAUUACACGUCUCUAGCGCGAGACUACAGUCUCUUCUCACUGGCUACACGUGGACAACCCAACGCGUUUCUCAUUUUUCCAACUCCACCAAACCUGUGCUACGUUAGCGUAAACGGGCAAGAUUUCUUAUUCACCAUAGAUGUGCCAGCUCUAGACUGGAUACACAUCUGUGCCAGCUGGGACGCCGGAACUUGUGAAAUUCAGCUUUGGGUCAAUGGUAAAUUGUAUCCUAGACAGGUGUGCCGUACUAAAGGAUUUGUUUUGCCAGCAGAAACAAGUAUAAUAUUGGGGCAAGAUCAAGACGAAUUUGGUGGAAAAUUUGAAGACACGCAAUCAUUUGUAGGGAAGAUAAGUGGCGUCAAUAUGUGGGAUUAUGUUUUGUCGGCCGAACAAAUGUGGAAGACUGUGUUUGAUAAGACUUUCAGUGGAAACGUCAUCGGGUGGAAAUCUCUGCGGUAUCAGACUAGAGGGAGAGUUUCUGUUCAGCCUCAAUUGGAGUGCAAGUUUUGGGAUAAGACCUACAUUUCCUACUCACAGUGCUCCGAGUAAUACAAAUAAUAAGUCACCAAUUCACGCUUGCAUAUAACACGUCACGUUAUGAAGAACUUCAACGCUUUCGUAAUAUGUAGAUUAGUGCAUGUGAUAAGCAGGGCUGCCAUCAGAAAUUGUGGUUCCCGUGACUGGCAAAAUAGUCAGGGCCCCUCCCUCCCAAAUAAAAGAUUCUGCUGCACUGCUUAUCUCCUACUGUAUGUGAUGUCAUACAUUGUGAUGUCACAUAUAGGUGAAGGGUUGUGGACCGACAGGAACGGUUCACAGAGAGCUGAUGCGCAGGUAAGGCUUGUUUUAAGAAGUUGUCCCUGUGCAUCAGCCAGCUGUUGAUUUACAGACUGAUGCACCUCUACAGGUAUUGGGACCCUCUCUCUGUAAGGGUCCGGGACACCAGUCCCCUCAGUCCCCCCCUGGUGGCUGCCCUGGUGAUAAGGAAUAUCUGCAACAUUGCCAUUGCUUAAAAUAGAAAUAUUUUUCUUUACAUAAUGUGUUACUAUUGUAUCUGGAGCAUAAGGCCUAUUAUAACCGCUUUAUAAAGAUUAUUAAAUUCAGGUUCUGAAA